AUGGCUAAGUCUCGGUUUGAGUACGUGAGACAGUUCGAGACCAAUAUCAGACUACUCCCCGAGACAUAUAUCGUGGUGAGGAUCGAUGGUAAAAAGUUCCACGAAUUUUCGAAAUACUAUGAGUUUGAUAAGCCUAACGAUGAGCGGGCUCUGAGGCUGAUGAAUGCUUGUGCGAAAAACGUGGUGUUGCAAUACAAACAAGACGUGAUACUAGCUUAUGGUGAAAGCGACGAGUAUUCUUUCAUCUUCAAAAAAGACGCUUCGCUAUUUAAUAGACGCGGUGACAAGUUGAGCUCGUUGAUUGUGUCUCAAUUCAGUUCCAAUUACGCUUUUCUCUGGCCAAACUUCUUUCCCGAUCGUGCUUUGCAUGUUCGGCAUCUACCUUACUUUGACUCGCGAUGCGUGUGCUAUCCAAAUCUGCAGGCCAUAAAGGACUAUCUUUGCUGGAGAUUUGUCGAUACGCAUAUCAAUAACCUGUACAACACGGUUUUCUGGCAAUUGGUGAUCAAAAGACAAAUGACGCCACGAGAAGCCGAGCAAAGGUUGUGUGGGACGGUUAGCAGCGAAAAACAAGAGAUUUUGUUCACGGAGUGUGGCAUAAACUACAAUGCUGAGCCUGAAAUGUUCAAGAAGGGAUCUCUUGUUACUCGAAAGGGCGAGAUUUUGCAUAUUGACGUUGUGAAACAGAUUGAUGAACUGUUCGAAGGUUUCUAA